GGGACACACGCUGCAGCCCCGCACUCACAGCCCGCGCUCCGUGGCAAUAGCCGGCGCGGCCCCCCGGCACACUCGCUCCCGCUCCCCAGCCGGGUGCUCCGCACUGGGCAUGCCCCAGCUGGGUUUCUAUAUAAAGCCCGUCUGCCUUAAUCCCUGGACGUUCACAGCCGCCUCUUUCCUGCCGCCAGCCAGACGCCACCGAUCGGGAGCCGCUGCUGCCCGGGGCUUCUUUGCUGGCAGGAUGCUGUCUCUGGAUCAAAUCAAUGUGGAUCAGCCCCUGAUCCUGAAGGAGCUGGACUGGGCUGAGCAAGAGCCCCUGCCAUCACUCAGUCCCCCGUGUCCUUCCUGGCAUCAGGACGUGUCUCUGGACUGCAAGUCCUCUCCAGAGGACACCCAGGCACAUGCCUGGACUACUUACUACUACAACCUGCUGCAAUGCACCUUGCAGCAGGAGGGGCUGCCAGAGACAGUCGACCGCACCAAGGAGCCCAGAACAGGGUUCAGCUCGGGGGAUGUGACCAUCUGCAUCCUGGGAUCCCCGACCUCGUACCUGUCUGUGCUGCUGGAGGGUAGCUCCCAGUGCCCAGGUAACAUGCUGCUGUGCCUGUCGCCCAGCUGGCUGGCCAAGGUGCCCUCUGAGCAGCACCCUGGCGAGUCGUCCCUGCUGGUCUCCAAGGCUGUCUCCUUCGAGCUGGGUGGGCGCACGUGCCUGGACGAGUUCUCGCCCCCGCGCCGCGUCACCUACUUCAUGGGCUCCUUCGGGCCAUGCAAGGAGCAUGGGCAGUCAGCGGGGGAGCUGGCGCGUGACCUGGAUUGCCCCACGGCGGGCUCGGGGGAGCUGGCCCGCCUUCUGGAGGACAAGCUGCUGACGCGCCAGCUGCUGGACCAGCGGGCCCAGGUGGGGGUGCCACCCACGCUGGCCUUCACCUUCAAGCGGCUGCGCCCACUGCGGGACGUCACUGCUGAGCACGCCGUCCGCAUGGUGGAGCUCAGUGGCAAGGAGGGCCAGGAGAACCUCAUCCAGGAGGAGAUUGAGGCCUUCCUGAAGGGCAACGCCAUGGAGCCCUACAGCCAGGUGGUGGUGAAGCCAUCGGGCUGGCGCUGGAGUGGGGCCCAUGCUGUGACCUUCCAUGCCAAGGUGGAGCAGGCUGCCGUGCUCCAAGCCGUGCUGGCACUGCUGGAAACCCUGGAGGAGGAGGAGAGCGCCCUGCUGGAGGCCUUCAUCCCCACCGCCUGCCUCACCCAGCCCAAAUCCCCCAACCGCACAUCCCCAAGCAGCACAUCUCCGAGGCCUGACCUGGCGAUCCGGAUCUGCACUGUCGUCUGCAGAUCCUGGGGUGACCAGCCUCUGCUGAGCCAGGUGGUGUGCGGUGUGGGACGGGCUGAUAAGCCCCUGAAACACCAGGCCACAGUGCCCCAGAGCCUGGAGAGCAGCCUGCGGCAGCAGGGGGUGACAGAUGAGGCCCAGCUCGCGGCCAUCCGUGCCCAGGUCAAGCACAAGGCUGAGGCAGCCAUGUCAGCUUUCCUGGAGCUGGAGGCGGGGCUGUCGGUGGAGCAGCGGGGGGGCCGACGGGCCCAGACUGAUGUGAUUGGUGUGGAUUUUCUCCUGACCUCGUCAGAGCAGGUGCUGCAGCUGAUGGCCCUGGAGAUGAAUUCUCAGCUCUGCCUGGAGACCUGCGGGCUCUUCGAGUCCAUGAGUCAGGCGGUGGGGGUGCCGGCAGGCGAGUCCUCGCGCCCUCUGGUGGAGACGAUGUUGCGGCGUGCGCAGUGCCACCUCAUGGAGGGCAAGCACGUGUUGGUUAUCGGGGCAGGAGGAGUCAGCAAAAAGUUCGUCUGGGAGGCGGCCAGGGCCUACGGGCUAAAAAAUCAAAAGUCCUGGCAGCUGGGCAGCUCCUGGAAGGGACAUAAGCCAGUGUUAACCAUGGUUACCUUUGUGCAGAUUCACCUGGUGGAGUCAGACCCCAACCACUUUGCCUCGCAGCUGGUGCAGACCUUCAUCCACUACGACACCACGGAGCACAGGCGGGAUGAGGAGCAUGCCCAGCGGCUGGUGGGGCUGGUGCGGGAGCGGGGCCUGCACCUGGACGGCUGCCUCUCCUACUGGGACGACUGCAUGGUGCUGACGGCCCUCGUGUGUGAGCAGCUGGGCCUGCGCUGCAGCCCGGUGGCAGCCAUGCGGGUGGCCAAGCAGAAGAGCCGCACCCACCAACACCUGCUGCGCCGGCGCAAGGAAGCCCCACUUGGCUGGGCCUCAGAGGCGCUCUAUGCCGUUCCCUGCUGCCACCUGGAGAGCCACGCUGACGUGGAGCGGGCUGCCCGCCAUCUCUCCUUCCCCGGUGUCAUGAAGCUAGAGUAUGGGGCGGGUGCCGUGGGGGUCAAGCUGGUAGAGAAUGUGCAGCAAUGCCACCUGCACUUUGAGAAGAUCUCACGGGACUUGCGGGAGGAUACGGAUCACCCAGGCAUCGGGCUGGGCUGGGGCAAUGCCAUGCUGCUGAUGGAGUAUGUCUCCGGCACAGAGCACGACGUGGAUAUUGUGAUUUAUGAUGGGCGCAUGCUGGCCGCCUUCGUCUCCGACAACGGGCCCACCCGUGUGCCCCACUUCACCGAGACAGCAGCCAGCAUGCCCACCUGCCUGGCGCCCGACUGCGAGGCCCAGCUGGUGCGCGCCGCCUACCGGUGCUGCUUGGGCUGCGGCCUGACCAAUGGCGUUUUCAACGUGGAGCUAAAGUUGACGGCAGCUGGGCCCAAGCUCAUUGAGAUCAACCCCCGCAUGGGAGGCUUCUACCUGCGCGACUGGAUCCAGGAGAUCUACGGGGUGGACAUCAUGCUCGCCUCUGUCAUGGUUGCCUGUGGGGUGCCCCCGCUGCUGCCCACCCAUGCCCAGCCCCGCACCCACCUGGUGGGCGUCAUGUGCGUGGUGUCACAGCACCUGAAGGCCCUCAAGUCCACAGCCAGUGUGGAGACAUUGCAGGCCCUGCACGAGCGCGGCAUCAUCCGCCUCAACCUGCUGGAGGAUGAGCUGGUCACCCGUGAAUAUGAAGAGCCCUACUGCAACGUGGCCUGUGCCAGCCCCAGCCGCCGCGAGGCUUGCCUCAAGGUGCUGGGUGUCUGCCAGGUGCUGGGCAUCGACUCACCCCACUAUCCUGUCACCCACUUCCUCUCUCACUUCAAAUAGCACCCAGGGAGCCCCCGGGGAGGGGGCCACCCUGCUGCUUCUGUCCUGUUCCCCCCAUUCUCCCUAGGGCCUGCUGGGCUCAAAUCCGGUCCUGGAGGAGCCCCCGGCCUCAUCCUUCCUGGUGUAUUCCCACCAGCUGGGGCACUGGCGCUUGCAUUACGUGGCUCCUCUGUAUCCCAGUGUUGUUGUUUUUUCCCAGCAGCUGCCCCUUUCCCCCCAGGAGGGAGCUGGGGGUCCCUAGUGUCGUCUCAGGCAGGCGUGGCUCUUACCAAUGUGUGCGUGACAUGGGAUUGCAUCAGUAUGGCGUCUGUUCUGCUCCCUCUGGGGCUCCUCCAGCUCCCCCACCCUCCCCCCAGCUGCCCUGUCCUGAUCCUCUAGUUCUCCUCCCUCAGCUGAACUGUCCUAUCCCUGGAGGGAUCCCCCACCCUCUCUGCAGACUCUUCCCUAACCCCUUCUUCCCCACUGAGAUCCUCCAGUUGGCUCCCGCUACCAAGCCCACCAGCCCUGGGAAGGGCUGUAGGUCGCGGACCCUAAUCUCCUGGGCACGAGCUCAGCUCUGGCAUCUGUUCACCCAUGGUGGGGAGGAGGGGAAGGAUUGAGGGACUGGAGCCUCCAGGAGUGGAGACUUAAGGCUACAAGUGGCCCUCCACUAACAAACCACUGUACACAUGUUCCCUACCCCCCACCACUCUGCUCCUCAGCCACCCUACCUUAGCAAAUCACUGUAUGCUACCUCCUCAGCAACCCUACAAUAACAAACCACAGUACACAACCCCUCCGGUGCUCAACCCUACUGAUAGCAAACCACCCUAUGCAACCCGCUCACGUGCUCGUCAGCAACCUACCAGAUAACAACAAACCACCGCAUGCAGUCC